AUGGAGACUCGCAAGACGAAGCUCGGCGUGGACCAUCCCGACACGCUGAGUAGCAUGGCCAACCUGGCGUCGACGUAUUGGAACCAGGGCCGGUGGGAAGAGGCGGAGCAACUCCAGGUACAGGUCAUGGAGACGAGCAAGACGAAGCUCGGCGUAGACCAUCCCGACACGCUGAGUAGCAUAGCCAACCUGGCGUCGACGUAUUGGAACCAGGGCCGAUGGGAAGAGGCGGAGCAGCUCGAGGUGCAGGUCAUGGAGACUCGCAAGACGAAGCUCGGCGUGGGCCAUCCCGACACGCUGACUAGUAUGGCCAACCUGGCGUUGACGUAUUGGAACCAGGGCCGGUGGGAAGAGGCGGAGCAACUCCAGGUGCAGGUCAUGGAGACUCGCAAGACGAAGCUCGGCGUGGACCAUCCCGACACGCUGAGUAGCAUAGCCAACCUGGCGUCGACGUAUUGGAACCAGGGCCGGUGGGAAGAGGCGGAGCAGCUCGAGGUGCAGGUCAUGGAGACGAGCAAGACGAAGCUCGGCGUGGACCAUCCCUCCACGCUGACUAGCAUGGCCAAUCUAGCUUUCACCUGGGAAUCUACCGGUCAGCAUACGAAAGCAAUCAACUUGCUUCGAACCUGCGUGGUCAAGCAGCGACGAGUUCUAGGCCCCACUCAUCCUGACACUAUCUUCAAUGACAACACUCUGCUUGAAUGGGAAACUACGCAUCUUGCUACCAAGGCAUGA